GAUACCAGAAAAUAAGCUCUCUCUCUCUCUCUCUUUAAAAAUCUCGAGUCAGUGAUCGACUAAGAUCCCAUGGCGGCGACAACGAGUUCCAGCGACGAUCCACCUGAACCGAAAACGCCUACGCAAUUGAUUCCGUCGUUACCAGACGACGUCGCUCUGAACUGCCUCGCACGCGUCUCCAGAUGCGACCAUCCAAACCUCUCUCUCGUCUCCAAGUCAUUCCGAUCCCUCCCCAAAUCUCCCCUCCUAUACUCCAUCAGAUCCCUCGCCAACGCCACCGAAAACAUCCUCUACGUCGCCAUCCGCGUCCCUCCCGAAACCGGCGCCCGCUGGUUCACCCUCCUCCGCCGAGCUGCAACGAACUCUCAUCUCCUCGUUCCCAUCCCUUCUUGUCCCUUCCCCUCCCUCGUCGGAUCCGCUUACGCCGUCGUGGGAUCGGAGAUCUACGUCAUCGGCGGAUCUGUUAAAGACGUGCCUUCUUCGAGCGUGUGGGUUCUCGAUUGCAAGAUCCACACCUGGCGACGAGUCAAUAACAUGAGGGUAGGUCGCGAGUUCGCAGCGGCUGGUGUGAUCGACGGGAAGAUCUACGUGAUCGGAGGGUGUGUGGUUGAUAAUUGGGCCCGUUCGAGUAACUGGGCCGAGAUGUUUGACGUAAAGGCCCAAACUUGGGAGGCGGUUGCGAGUCCAGGGGUGGAGGUGCGUGAGAAGUGGAUGCACGCGAGUGCUGUUUUGGAAGGGAGAGUCUACGCGAUGGCUGAUCGAAACGGUGUCGUUUACGAGCCUAAUGAAGGGGAGUGGGGUGUGCCUGAGAAGAGGCUUGAUUUGGGGUGGAGAGGGAGGGCUUGUGUGAUUGAGGAUGUUCUGUUUUGUUAUGAUUACUUGGGGAAGAUAAGAGGGUAUGAUCCGAAAGAGAGGGUUUGGAGAGAGGUGAGGGGUGUGGAGUCGCUUCCCAAGUUUCUUUGCGGUGCUACUAUGGCGAAUAGGGGUGGGAAGCUUGCGGUUCUGUGGGAAGGGAAAGCUGGGAGUGGAGGUGCUAGGAGAAUGGAGAUUUGGUGUGCGGAGAUUGAGGUUGAGAGGCGUGGAGAAGGGGAGAUUUGGGGGAAGAUACUGUGGUCUGAUACUGUGUUUACGGUUCCUGAUAAAUCCGCCAUUGUGAAUUGCUUAGCGGCUACAGUUUGAUUGAUGAUACAUACAUGUUUACUCUCUCCGAAGCAUCACCAUAUAGGUCUGUUUCUGUUGUCUUUGAGUAACUAUCAUUUUGAUGAACAUAGUGAUUUAGAGUGCUUUGUGGGAAACGGUGGAUUGACAAAGAGUAUGAACAGCUGGCAAGUGUAAUGAAGUUUAUAGAUUGCUGCUUUGUACUUUGGGUUUUAAUCAGCUUUCUUUUGUAUGUUCUUGUCUCAUUUCGUAUGAGUUUGUAAUUCAUGCGAAAGCUACUUUCAGAUUUCUAAUAAAACCAGUAAGAUUGGCUGGUUCACUUGUCUUGCUCAUUGCUGAAAACAAAAAGAGCUUUGUAGAGUUUUA